UCCAUCUCUCCGCCUCCAGCCAAUGGCAGGCGGCAGGGACGGCCUCUGAAGUGACGCAGCUCUCAGACUGGCCGGGACACAGAGAGGCUUUGACUGAGGCUGCAUGAGGCAGCAUCACCUGAGGCCUGCUCUUUUCAUGCCUGUUUCUCGGUGAGUUGGUGAAGAGGCGCGGUGCACAGGCAGCUGACGCGGAGAGCACAACACAGCUCGCUCACACAGCCAGCAGCCGGAGGCGCCUCCGUCUGAGGAGGAGGAGGAGGAGGAGCGCAGGGAGGCUGCGCCUGCACUGCUGCUCUGGGCUCAGUCGCUGCAGCAUGGCCGUGCAGAAGACGGCCGCCGCUCCGGCGCCGGGGCUGCUGGCCUGGCCUUCAACUGACAGCCCCAGGAAGGGACCUGGACGGCAGAGCACCAGAGACCAGCGACUCCACGGCGGCAGGCAGGUGCGCAGCACGGCGAGCCCUCUCACCGCGAGCCCCAGAGCCCACCCAGGCACCAACGGCACCGACGAGCGUCUGCGAGCAGCCAGGGAGCGGCGGGAGCAGCAGCAGAGGAGCAUCGCCUCGCGGGAGCAGGAGCGAGUGGAGCGGGAGCAGCGCGCCCGCUUCUACCACCAGCAGCAGCUGCAGGAGCGGCAGAAGAAGCUGCUGCAGCAGCGGCAGAAGGAGCAGCAGCGAAGGGCCGCCGUGGAGGAGAAGCGCCGGCAGAAGCUGCGCCAGGAGCGGGAGCGACACGAGUCGGCCGUGCGCCGGACGCAGGAGAAGAGCCAGAAGGCGCUGGCGCAGGGUCCCAGCGCCCGGGGGCGGACGCGCACCCACGACGCUGCACGGGCUGCUCCUCUGACCCCCUGGGAGAAGAACCUGGUCAACCGUCUGGCCACGCCCACCUGCUCCUACCUGGCCCGCAGCCAGAGCGCGGGGUGUCAGUCGGGCGAGGAAGUUGUUCAUAUUUGUCGUCGUGCAGCUUCAUAUUACUCCACCACCACCAGCCCCCAGUUCACCCCCCCAAAGCCCAGGAGACCUCCUGUUUCUCCAAGUCCAAGCAGCGGUGGCCAGAGAGGCGUCAGCGCUGCGCAGGUGAGUCCCCCUCUCCAAACAUUGCUUUGGUUUUGGUUUGUUUUCCGUGAUUCCUUCCUUCUUCAGACUCAAGCCAAGAAGCAGGACCGGAGACCACCGGGAGCUGUGGUCAGGACCUCCCCGAGCUCCAGGCCACCCGCUGUCUCCAAGAACAUCAGACCAUCCAAGAACAUCCACAGCAGAGCAACCUCUCCUUCACCUGAUCGGACUCCUCGGAGGAACUCGCCUUCACCUCAGCCCGAGCUCCCUCCAGUCCCAGAGGAGGGUCCUGCCGUCUGUGUUCCAGCUGGUAACUCCAGCGGGAGCCAGCCAGGAGUAGCAGGCCAGACCUGGAGAUCCAAGCAGCUGCAGACAGAAGCGGGAGAUGCACCUCCACCGGCAGGAGGAGGCCAGCGCCUGCAGGAGCAGCAGCAGCAGGAGGAGGCCGGGCGUCUCCUGGCAGAGAAGAGGAGGCAGGCGCGGCUGCUGCGGGAGCAGGAGGAGCGGGAGCGGCUGGAGAGAGAGGAGACGGAGCGGCCACGCCAGGAGGAGCUGCAGCGGCAGCGGGCUGAGGCCCAGCGUCUGGUGCAGGAGAAGAGGAGGAGGGAGGAAGAGGAGCAGCGGCGAGCCCAAGAGGAGAGAGCCCAGGCCAUGAGGGAGGCGGCGCUUCUGCAGAAGCAGAGGCAGGAGGAGGAGGAGGAGAAGGCCGGGGAGAAGGCGAGGGCCGAGCGCGCCGCUCUCGCUCAGAGAGAGGACGCCGAGCGCCAAGUCAGGAGGAAGCGACUUGAGGAGAUCAUGCGGAGGACCAGGAGGUCGGAUUCGCCAGAGACGAAGCCGGCCCCUGCCAGAGCCCUGCCCAGCGACCCGCCGCCCAAGGAGAACACGGAGCCCGUCCAGAAGGUCCUCCUGGAGACGGUGGUGAAGCUCGGCCACGACGAGGACGCGGUUCCCCUGGUGGCCUUCAAAGAACGCAGGUCCGUCAGGACUCGGACCGGACUGGAGGAGCUCCAGAGGCACCAGCGAGCAGAGGUGAUCUCAUAGCCUGAGAGGCGUCCUGCUGCGGGUGAAGCCCCGCCCCCUCCCCUGGUGUCUGCACGGAGCAGCAGGCCUGACCAGUCCCAGGUGUGUGGGGACGCCCUGCAGACAAUCACGUACGCAGCUGCAGAAACCCAGCCCCACAGACCUGGCUUUAGCUCCGCCCACCACACAGGCCUCUAUUGCACGGCGCAGUUAGUCGCUUUAAUUACUCUUGAUUAAAGGUAGGAGAGUCAUGAGUUUUUCUUUGAUGGAGCAGUUGAGAGACGGGAUCAUCCCGCCGGGUGUGACGCUGUGUGAUCUGGGGAUUAAUAAAGCGUGUUCAGCCGCCCAGUGUUUGUCUUCUCACGGCUGCAGCAGGCUUCAGAGGAGGAGAGGAGUGGUCUGGCUCCACUGCACCACGCCGCCGCCGCCGUCUUGUUGACCCUCUCGGCCCGACUCCCAACACACCCCUGGCUCCCGGAUGGAGUCCGCGUCUGCGUCUCAUGAAGAAGGGGCGGAGAGCAUGGCUUCCCUCGGCCCAGGCGCCCACCACAGAGCCAAACCUGUGUCCUGGGACCACGUGAGACAUGAGGCGCCGCGUGUCCGGCACGGUGGCUGCACUGAAGAUCCAGCCCUUUAAGAGGUUAAAGUCACGUCUUGGUAUUGGAAGACCAGCCUUGUUGUUUGGGUCACCAGACGGACGGACGGACGCUGUGGCGUCAUCUGAUCGUGAACAUCGGAAAACAUUCCCAGUUGAUUUUCAAUGAAGUGAGACGUGAGAAAAUGUUUUAGUUUAGUAAAUGGCAGGAAGGAAGUGAGGAUUUGCCGAGGUUUUAAGGGUUUUAUUGUGAAUGUGAAGCGCCGCUGCUCGCUACUGCCGCGACGCUGCAGGUGUCUCGUGCGUGGGUUUUGGCUGCCUUGGCUCCAGUGGAGCUGGAAACACACCCGAACUCUGGGGACCAGCCGGCUCGGCCAUCUCCUCUGCUCCAGAGUCCACUGGCUCUCAGAGAGCAGGCCACGCAAGCAGCCAGUAGGUGUCACUGGAGACGUCCCCCGGGCGACUCACUCGUGAUCGCGGUCGCACGGUGGCUGGGAAGCGCAAGUCGCUGCAGCGCGAGCUCCAGUCACACCGGACCAUCCGCCCAGCUGAAGUCACUCGCUGCUUCCCCCUGCUGGUGAAGGUUGCGUCAACAGCGUCCACCCGUCUCGAACGUUGGGACGGGCCUGUCUCGCCAGACAUCUAUGACAUCGAACAUUAAACAUUCGUCUCCAUCUUCAGCAUGGUGGCGAGGAGCCCGGCCGUCGUUCAUUCCACGUCACUGAGCUCCAUCGCAUCCAUCAAAACAGGCCCAGGCGGUGGGCGGUGGCCGCGCCUGUCCACAGACUCUCAUGAAGGUUCGAGCGGCGGCGCCGUCACGUCUCCACCCUCACGAGCCAAUCUCCUGCCCAGGACGACAUACACACAGCGAGCACUCAGGUGUUGGCACCCAGUUUUAUUAGCGUUUUCGUUUGGAACGAGGAGCGAGCGGUGGCGCUCACGCCCUCCACACACUGCCUGCUCCCAGGUGCCAGCGUGUUCAGUUGAGAC